UGUGUCACUCUUCAGUACGAAAAUGGCGGCGAAACUGAUAUACGGCUCCGCGCUUGUCGUGGUGUUGAUCGCCGUCGCCUUCGUGUACUUUGAACCCAUUCCCCGAGAAAAAUACCCAGGACUCGUACGCAAAGUCCACCACGAGUUGCUCAAGUCGGCGAAGUAUGUCGGGAGCUUCUUUUGUCGCUCGAAGGUUACCGCCAAGGGAGUGCUCACUCCCGAGGAACUCGCCCGUUACGACGGCAGCGGCGACUCCCUCGGUCUUUAUUUGGCCGUGCUGGGACGCGUUUACGAUGUCUCUAAAGGCGCCGAGCACUACAGGCCGGGAGGCGGUUACGCGCAGUUCGCCGGUCGAGAUGCGUCCAGGGCAUACAUCACGGGCGAAUUCACCGACGAAGGCCUGACGGACGACCUCAACGGCUUGUCGGAUGAAACCCUGCUGUCAUUCUCGCAGUGGGUAGACUUCUACGAAAAGGACUACACCUACGUAGGGAAGUUGGCUGGUCGCUACUAUACCAAUGAAGGCCAACCAACCAGUGAGCUGCGGGCGGUGUGGGCGGCCAUAGAGCGAGCAAAGCAGAAGGAUUACCUGGCCAAGGAGCAGAGCAAAGUGUUCCCCCCCUGCAAUUCUGAGUGGACUCCGGAGAAAGGCAGCAGCGUUUGGUGCAGCAAGAAAAGUGGCGGAGUUGAACGGGACUGGGCCGGAGUUCCACGGCAGUACUAUGAACGUGACUCUGGCGCUGUUCGGUGUGUCUGUGUCCGCACCACGGGACCCCCUACCAACCACCCUCAAGGCACUUCCCACAAGAACCGCGGCGACUUGGAUGACCCUCACCUUAAGGAGUACCCCGGAUGCCCUCCCACAUCUGACACCUGCAAGGUGCCCGACUCGCAGUGAAACAGAUUGAACAAAGCCUAACAAACAAGCUGUGGGACUUUCUUUCAUGACUUUCUGCUUUGAACUGUAAGAAGAUGUUUCGUUUCAUUUCUUUUUCUUGUUUUUUUAUGUGCUCAGCCCAUGAAGACUGUGUGGCAAUAGUAAGGAUGUAAUCGGUUUGCAGCUGAAAGUGCCGCAAAGGUGGCAAUAGGACAUAUUAUAUCCCAUAUUGCCUCUACAGAGUGUACUGUGGAAGGCAUAACAAUGCCUUGCCUUGUGGAGAAUUCUUCUAGCAAAAUAUUUUUGUAGCAUUGCACUGUUGCAUGUGAAAUAAAAUAAUCGCACUCUUGCAGCGUGCAGUGCGCUUUAAUAAUUCUUGUGUGUGAAAUGUGGCGCACUAUCAGCAAAUACAUGAGCCUAUAAUAUUUGGCAAAUGGCCUGCAAGGGAUGGUGUCGGUAUGCUUCUUAUGCAUAAUUUGGACUGUAUACUGUUUUUGCAUUAUGUAAAAGAGUCUUAAUUGGCCUCGGCUAGUCACGCCUUAAGUUGAGGACGCAAGGCAGAAUGGUGUGUGAAUGCAGCCUAAGGUAGCUUUCUUUGCCAGUGUAAGUGCUGGUGUGCUUGACUUCACUGUGCAGUGACUAGUGAUGCAUUGAUGUUUCAACAGUCCCUAGAAACACAGUGCGCUUGGCUGCAAAAAUGACGACGCCAAUUGUACGCACCACCACGGUCUGCUCAGUCAGCUGUCGCGGAGCUAGAGCGGUGGUCUGCCUUCCACUGCUCACAUGAGCAUUGCGUGCAUACACACUGGCAUUCCUGCUGAGCAGCUGAGUGCAUACCAUACCGGGGUGCGUACACUGGUCUGAGCGGAACAGACAGCAAACGUCAAGCUGAAACUGUAUAAUCGUUUUAUAGGGCGCUCGUAAAUGCCGACAAUUUUCGGUCGAUCUUGUCGUGGGCACCAUCGAGAUGCGACAUCUGCGACUGGCUGGUAUAUACCACAGCACUGUUUUUGCUACGCAGCAGCAGCUGUCUCGCGUGCUGCAUCGUGGCAACAUGUUGCCUCCUCGCAGAGGGGACACCGUCCGAGGAACUCAAGUGCAAGGCUGAAAUUUCAGUGCUUUGCUCUUCAAGCGAAAUUGCCCAAUUUCUUCAUUCAGUGUGAGUGCCUGUGGAUGCAGACUGAUACGAUUGCUUAGAGCAUCAAGUUUGGUUUAGUAAGCGCCACUUGAUUUGAGUGCAGCAUGGUGGGCGACAGCAGUGUAGGAUGAUAAAGCAAUUAGCGAAACACACAAUGGUUGAAAUUUUGUAUCUACAUUAUGCUUGUUGUGUUUCCAUCUUGUGUUUGCCUUUCUCGUGGCAUUGUCAAGAAUGGGUGUUCGGAAUUUUGAAGAUCUAGCGUGAGUGUUUCAUGUUGAAGGAAAGAGCAAAGGAUAAAUGUGUAGGGAAAGAAGUGCUCAGUUAAAGAAUGACUCCAUGGCUAUUAAGCCUAACGUGCCUCAUCUCACUUUAAGAAGGUUGUUUGUUGAAAAUGUUUAAUUUAUAAUAAACUGUUCGAAUGAUGCCGUUCGAAUUUAUUCACUGUAUGCUUGUGGAACUGAGGUGUGUUGGGAAUGCAAGGAAUGGUAUGUGAAGAUGUAAGGCCUGGUCUUGUGAGAGCUAGUUAAAAUAAUAAAUUGUAUCUCAUCCUUAAGAAUUGAGGAGUAACUAGGGGCUUCAAAACUAAAUGAAGAACGACUGUCUAACUUUCAUGCCUUCUCUUGUGGUGAUGGCAUAAUGUACUUAAGAGAGAAAUUUGUCUAAAUUUCUGUUCCCUGCAUUGUUUUUUACUUCAAUUUGUCAUUGGCCUACUGUGAACUACUAUGAAAUGAUGAGAGCAUAAGCUGAUGUACGAGAGGAUGUUCAGAGUAAAAUAUAAUUAGUAUGGAACCUUAGAGAAUUUUAAGGGCUUGCGAUGAAUGUCUUGCAAUGCCCGAUUUGAUGUCUAAUUGUAUUUGUUACAUGUAGUAAUGACUUAUUGUUACCGAUCCCAGUGCAUGUGACUACAGUCAUCAUUAAGGAAACUGCAACAUCAUAUUCAUGUGAUUUCUAUGUCCUUGGCACGGUUGCUGUAUGUGUUGCUGCUGUGGUCAUAAAACUUUUGGAAGCUUUGUCUCUGUACAUUGGUGGAUGACACUAUCUGCAAAAUGCUAACAUUUUCACACUGUGUGGAUAUGCUUUUCGGUUCUUUUAUUCAAAGUUUCAUUUUUCUGAUGUGUGUGAUUUUAACAAUAAACUGUCCUGGUUUUAUUUCUAA